AAAUAUUUUUAGGAGAUGGCUGAUCCUUGGCAGGAAUGCAUGGAUUAUGCAGUAACCCUAGCAAGACAAGCUGGUGAGGUGGUCCGUGAAGCUCUAAAAAAUGAAAUGAAUGUUAUGCUGAAAAGUUCUCCAGUUGAUUUGGUAACUGCAACAGACCAAAAAGUUGAAAAAAUGCUUAUCUCUUCCAUAAGGGAAAAAUACCCAUCCCACAGUUUCAUUGGUGAGGAGUCUGUGGCAGCUGGGGAAAAAUGUGUCUUAACCGACAACCCCACGUGGAUCAUUGACCCUAUUGAUGGAACAACUAACUUUGUACAUAGAUUUCCUUUUGUAGCUGUUUCAAUUGGCUUUGUUAUAAAUAAAAAGAUAGAAUUUGGAGUUGUGUACAGCUGUGUGGAAGAUAAGAUGUACACUGCCAGGAAAGGAAAAGGAGCCUUUUGUAAUGGUCAAAAACUACAGGUUUCACAACAAGAAGACAUUACCAAAUCACUCUUGAUAACUGAGUUGGGCUCUUCCAGAACACCAGAGACUGUCAGAAUUAUUCUUUCUAAUAUGGAAAGGCUGUUUUGCAUUCCUAUUCAUGGGAUCCGUGGUGUUGGAACAGCAGCUACUAAUAUGUGCCUUGUGGCAACUGGAGGAGCAGAUGCAUAUUAUGAAAUGGGAAUUCACUGCUGGGAUAUUGCAGGAGCUGCCAUUAUUGUUUCUGAAGCUGGUGGAGUGCUAAUGGAUGUCACAGGUGGACCAUUUGAUUUGAUGUCACGAAGAGUAAUUGCUGCAAAUAGUAGAACAUUAGCAGAAAGGAUAGCCAAAGAAAUUCAGGUUGUACCUUUUCAACGAGACGAUGAAGAUUAAUUACAACUGCCUUAUGUUCAGUCAUAGUUG